AUCUCUCUGGUAGCUGGCUGCCUGGAACAUCCACGGGAGCAAAGAAAAGUGAAGCCGCACAAAGAAAACCUUACAAAAAUCACACACGGGGCUGGAUUGCUGAUUAUUACCUUUUUUACUUCACUGAAGGUUGUGUUGCAAGACAUCGCCUGGCUAGGGCACAAGCUGCCAUGCCAUUUGGUUGUCUGACACUCGGGGAGAAGAAGGAUUACAACAGUCCCUCAGACGUGACUGACAAAUAUGACCUCGGACAAAUUGUUAAAUCAGAGGAGUUUUGUGAGGUUUUUCGGGCAAAAGAUAAGAACACCUUGAAAAUGUACACAUGCAAAAAGUUCCACAAAAAAGAUGGAAGGAAAGUCAGGAAAGCUGCCAAGAAUGAGAUAACGAUCUUAAAGAUGAUAAAACAUCAUAACAUCCUUCAGCUGGUUGACGCAUUUGAAACUAAGAGAGAGUACUUCAUUUUCCUGGAGCUUGCUACAGGAAGAGAGGUAUUUGACUGGAUCUUAGAUCAAGGUUACUACUCGGAGCGGGACACCAGCAAUGUUAUGAGGCAGGUGUUGGAAGCCAUAGCUUACCUGCACUCCCUGAAUAUCGUCCAUAGAAACCUUAAGCUGGAGAACUUGGUGUACUUUAAUCGCUUGAAGCACUCCAAAAUUGUUAUCAGUGACUUCCAUUUGGCAAAACUGGAAUGUGGACCAAUUAAAGACCCAUGUGGGACUCCAGAGUAUCUUGCUCCUGAGGUGGUCGGGAGGCAGAGAUAUGGAAGACCUGUGGACUGUUGGGCCAUAGGUGUUAUCAUGUAUAUACUCUUGUCUGGAAACCCUCCUUUCUAUGAUGACAGUGAUGAAGAUGACCCUGAUAGUCGUGAUAGGAACCUUUUCCUGAAGAUUUUAUCAGGGGACUAUGAAUUUGAUUCCCCAUACUGGGAUGAUAUUUCGGUUUCUGCCAGAAACCUAGUGGCGUCUUUGAUGGAAACGGACCAGGAUCAGCGAUUAACUACACAGGAGGCUAUAGCUCAUGAAUGGAUUUCUGGAAAUGCUGCUUCAGACAAAAACAUCAAAGACGGUGUUUGUGCGCAAAUUGAAAAGAACUUUGCCAAAGCCAAGUGGAAGAAAGCCGUGAGAGUGACCACCCUCAUGAAGAGACUUCGAGCAUCUGAGCAAGGGGACGCUGCGGCCGCGGGUCUCCCAGCAGGGGUCACGGGGGACCCCAGCACACCCAGCGGUGCCCCUGCUCCUCCAGCAGGCAGUGGCGACAGUGUGGCUGCUGGUCUCAAAGCUGCUUUUAAAGGAAACGCUCCCGACACCCAAACAGCAACCAUCUCUGCGCUCCCUCUGCCCAACGCAGCCCGGCAAGAUGAGCAGCAGCAGGGACGGUGCAAUGGCGAUGCACCUCAAAUGAUGCCACAAGGAAAAGGAGACUAGACACGCGUCCAAUAAAAAGAACAGGACCUUUGCCAAACAAAAAGCACACGAGCAGCCAGUGAAUUUGGCAUUGAAGUUGUUUUUUUUGGGGGGGGUUUGUGUCUGUGAUGUCUGAUUACCAGAGUUUGCAGAAUUAUUCCAUAUCAUUUCCUCUUUUCCCUUCUGCACUGAUUGAUCAAUGAUGUUGUUAGCUCUCCCUUGUUCUUGUUAUUUUGUGUACAGUUCCCUUUAAAACUUAGUCCAAAGUAGCUGUUCAGUUAUUUUCCUUUACCCUCAAAACUGUAAAAAGUCACUUAAAGCUUAUUGUGUAAUUUAGUGAGAGUAACUCAUCUUUAUUCAUCAACUUACUGUAAAUAGAUCCAUUUGUCUCAAACUGCUACUUUUUAGCCUCAGAAUUUAGAAGCCUAAGUUUAUUCCUUGGGACUUAAAAUUAUGAGUUGAAAGAUUUGAUCAUUUAAUCAUAUUAUAUACUUUAUUCAAAAAUAAAGAUACUGAAUUUGAUACUCUUUCCAACGUGUUCCAAAAUGAAUUGCGGUUCUUGAUUAGAGGAUGAGUGUAACAUAAAAACGAAGCAAAACUAACUUUUUUGAUCAUUUUAACAUUUAGAGAUUGCAGGCUACAUUAUAUGUGACACUGUCCUUGAAAAGGUUUUAUAGAUAAAAGAAUAUCAUCGUCAAAGUGGGGUCAGUGUAACACCAUCAUGACAUUUCUAACUGUUUAAUGGAGUAGCUACAACUUAAGACAACUUAUAAUUUUAAGGCAGCAAGAGAGCACAUUUUUUUUAAUUUAAAGUGCCUUAAUAUUUGUUGCAGUCAUGUUUGCAGAUUUAAUUACAAAAUCUUACUGAAUUCAACGAAAUGUUUUAGUUUUAUCCGCUCUUCUGUUGAAGGUCUACGGCUGGUUUAUUGAUUUCUGUGUUUUGUCUUCUUUCACUUCAUUUUAAAAGCACAAAAAAAUAGAUGUAGAGCAUUUUAUGUGGUGUGAUGUUUGAGAUGUUGCUGUGUUGUAAACUGUACUUAGUAAAUUAAGAGUUUAUUGCAGAGUCCAUACACUGUACGAGUAUCUAUAUUUGCAACAUAUGUGUAUACAUGUGUAUUUUUUAUUGUAUGUGAACUAAGCAACAUUUAGCUGAGCUAACCAGUUGCUACAAUAUGAGUGAAUAA